CAAGCAAGGUACGCAAAUUCAUCCCUACUUGUUGUACUACUUUCACUCCAAUUCAGGCUAUGCGGAAUGUUAAGCUGGGGUCCAAGAUAGAGGACAUCACUCGCCGAUUAGAAGAAAUUUCAGCUCAGAAGGCUGAGCUCGGUUUGGAAAAGCUCAUAGUGCAGAUCGAAGGCGCCAGAGCGGCAACUCAAAGCCCAACCCCUCCACCACCUUUGGUAUUCAAACCUGGGGUAUACGGCAGGGAUGAAGAUAAAACCAAGAUACUAGCCAUGCUUAGUGAUGAAUCCCUCGGUGGCAAUCUGUCUGUAGUCUCGAUCGUGGCCAUGGGUGGGAUGGGAAAAACUACGCUGGCAGGUCUAGUGUACGAUGAUGAGGAGACAUUCAAACAUUUUGCUUUAAAAGCUUGGGUUUGUGUGUCUGAUCAAUUUCAUGUGGAGACCAUAACCAGGGCAGUUUUACGGGACAUUUCUCCAGGCAACAAUGAUUCGCCGGACUUUCAUAAAAUUCAACGCAAACUGAGGGACGAAACCAAGGGAAAAAGAUUUUUGAUUGUUCUUGACGAUUUGUGGAAUGAGAUAUAUGAUCAAUGGGACAGCCUACGCUCCCCUCUCUUGGAGGGAGCACCGGGAAGCAAGAUCCUCGUCACCACUCGUAAUAAAAAUGUUGCAACUAUGAUGGGAGGAGAUAAAAACUUUUAUGAGCUAAAACAUUUGUCUGACAAUGAUUGUUGGGAGUUGUUUAAAAAACAUGCUUUUGAAAACAGAAAUACCAAUGAGCAUCCGGACUUGGCAUUGAUAGGAAGGGAAAUUGUAAAGAAGUGUGGAGGCCUGCCCUUGGCAGCAAAAGCACUUGGUGGUCUUCUGCGCCAUGAACACAGAGAAGAUAAGUGGAAUAUUAUACUAGCUAGCAAAAUAUGGAAUUUACCUGGUGAUAAGUGUGGUAUUCUUCCUGCGUUGAGAUUGAGCUACAAUCAUCUCCCUUCACAUUUAAAAAUGUGUUUCGCUUAUUGCGCAUUAUUUCCCCAAGAUUAUGAGUUUAAGAAGGAAGAGCUAAUCCUCUUGUGGAUGGCGGAGGGGUUAAUUCAACAAUCAAAUGAGGAUGAGAAAAUGGAAGAUCUUGGUGAUGAUUAUUUUUGUGAACUAUUGUCAAGGUCAUUUUUCCAAUCGUCCAAUAGCAACAAAUCACGAUUCGUUAUGCAUGAUCUUAUCAACGAUCUAGCUAAAUCUAUUGUUGGAGACACAUGCUUGCAUUUGGAUGAUGGGUUGUGGAAUGAUUUGCAAUGCCACGUUCCUGAAAAUACUCAUCAUUCAUCAUUCAUCCGUCAUGAAUAUGAUAUCUUUAAAAAUUUUGAAAGAAUUGAUACCAAGGUUAGGGCACUUAAGGGUGCUCUCAUUGACUAA